CUCUUCCCUCGGCUGAGUGAUUCUCCAAGCGGACAGCCAAUCGAAGCGAGAGUCGCUAUCCGCAAGAGUGCAAGAAGACUGGGGAAUCGGCGAAAGACUGGGCCCGAAGACUGCUCUUGAGGGCUAAACGCGACUGCAACCGAGAGAAGCGCAUACUUUCCAAGGCAAUUAUCGAAUGCCAGCGUGUCAGCCUCGACUCCCGAUUCUUCGGCUACCCCGCAAGCCCCGAUUGCACCGCACCUACCGAUUCUGCAGUCUUCGUAGAUUCUACCACUUGAGAGUCGCCAGGGCGUCGCCGGUUGGGAGAAGCGGGACUUUCGGCCGUCUGCAGUUUCAGUUUCCCUGACGCCAACAACGCCUCAUCGUGUUUGUUUGGCCGCCAGAGCCGUCAGAGCCGCCACCGCAGCGACGCCAGCACCACCAGCACCACUACCACCACGCAGUGCCUGCCGCUCCGAGCAACAGUGAUGAUCAUUUGGCUUUCGGUAUCAUAAGCUAAAUCAUAAUUCGAAGAAAAAUCAAGCUAUGAUCACAAGUAUUAUUCCUAAUCGUAUAAACUUCUGGACCAUUCCUCUUAUUUUGUAAGGGAAAUUGCAGCUUAUUUUUCGAAUAUUUUCUUGCUAAUUUUCAGAUGGAACCAUGUCAUCUCUGGCUGGCUAAAUGGCUCUACGCAACUGCAACUCUUUCGUUGCCCCAAAUUGGCCUUGAGGCAAUGAUUGGCUGCCGCUGCUGCCCAGAUGCCGGCACCACCCUCCCCUCCCGAUGGACCACCCCCUGGGCCACCACAAAGUUCCCAGUCCCCCCUUUUUGCGUUUCUUUCGCACUGAUCUCAGCUGUCGUCGCUUGUUAGUGCGCACGCGUGUCUUUCUCUCUCUAAGAAGCAGACAGCGCGUGUGUUCCCCUCUCCAUCGCACUCAACGCCCGCCCAGUCACGUCCUCUCACUCACUCCGCCAGCUCUCCCACUCGCACCCAUCACGAUCGUGAGGCGUUGAUGGCGAUGGCGCUGAAGCUGGCGCGCAUGUGCAACGCAGCCACAAAAUCGCAAUUGCCGGGACCGAAAACCAAAAUGAAAAAAGUACGGAAAAAAGGAGCAACCAAAAGCUUGAGCUGGCACAACGUUGUAAGACAUAGUUUGUUGCCAGAGCCCCUCCCCCCACCACCGCACCGCUGUGCCCCUGUGCUUGUGUGUGCGGGACCUCCCGCAGAUAAUUGCCCAUCAUCUCAUCAAGUUCCGCCCAGCUAUUUAACAACCGAGGAGCAGGAGCUGCAGGAGGAGGUUCGGGGCCCCGAGAGCAAUGAAACCCACAAAACAAGACACCAAAAUGAUGAACGCGACCACGCAAAGUAGAAGUAGCUGCCCGAUCUGGGAGUCGAGGAAGGAGUCUGGCUCCAGACCAUAAAGUCCCGAGGGCCGCUACGUUCAGGAACUUCUCGAGCGCCCUUGGGCUGGCGCCACCAACAUUGAGCAGCAGCUUGGGGCGGCGGCUGCAGAUCGGCUCCAAAUCGCAGCAGUCCAGGUUGCAGCUCCACUCCAACCACAGGCAUCAAUAGCACCACCGACGACGAAAAAGCAGGAGGAGACCAAGAAGAUCCAAGCAUGUUAAUCGAGUCAUAUCGAUUUUGGCGUGGUUCGUGUCUCGGACGUUUUGCCCAACCGCCGUCCUUCGCCCCCCAAAAAGGGGGAGGGGCCGAUCCCAUCAGCGAACUCGUAACUAAAUUGAAUCCAAUUGCAGACGAGUCGGGCCAAAUAACUGUGAGACAUAAUGAAUGAGUGUUGGCCAAAUUGCAACUUGGCUUGCCAGCCGGGCAGUUAAGGGUUAAUGGAUGGGCACCAAGGGAUUGUUUGCAGGGGGGUUCAGGGGGUGGUGCUGCUCUGCAUCUUCCAGUUUAUGGCCCAGCCACUAAUAUCUCAAUUGGCCAGCGGAAGGUUCGAUUAACUGCACCAUUGGGCCACCCACCUGGGGCAUCUGCGCUUGGACAUCUGCAUGAAUGCAUCCAUAGGCGAAAUGAAGCAUUCUUUCUAAAAGAGUGUACAGUAUUUUUACUGCACAGUUUAUAUGUAUGUAAGUAGGUAGAAUAACAUUAUGUUAUUGAACAGCUCUUAAUGAUUACACUAAUGGUGGUGUGCUGUUAAAUCAGUAUUUAUUUUCAGUAUUUAUUUUGGUCCACACAUAAACAAUGACACGGGGCCUUGUAUAUGUGUGGGUAAGAAAUGUAAAAACGUACAGAAGCCAAAUAGCUGUUUACAACUUAGUAUUAUUGCAGCAAUAUAUACAAUUAUACAUGUACUAUUAAUUAAUAUAACUCAGCAAUUAAGUCAUAGUAAGAUAUUAAUUUUUAAAAAGGAAUUCAAUGCAAAGUAAUAUAUACAUUAUUAUUAAUAACAAAAGGUAAUAACAGAAAUAUAUUAUGCAUAUAUAUUUUGUUUGUUUACAGAACACUAGACUACUGCAUAGUUCUGUUAAGCUAGAAAUUAUCUGAUUUCCCAGAUCCUCCUUGUCCUGGUCCCGAUUCCAAACAAAAUAAUAACAAAAUGUACCGUUUUCCAAAUUCUCCGUCAAAAACAAUCCGAUUUUUAGGCAGAACAUUGUAAAUAUCGGCCCAAAUAUGGAUUGUCAUACCUCGUUAAGCUCGUAUUUUAAUUCCCAAUCGAUUGGCAUUCAAAUUUGGAAACUUUAAUUUUUUGCCAAUUUUUUCAAAUUUUGAUGAUGUUACCCCUUAUCAAAAAUGAGAAAAUUCACUGAAAAAUUUAUUUUUGAAAAUCAACUUAAAAGUAAUAAGGGUAGUUAACUUUGGUAAUUAGCUUCAUAAAACAGUUUGCUGUUCAGCUUUAUGACCAUUUUUAGCCAAGUUGUCAAUAUCGAGCCAAUAUCGAAUUUCUUAGUAAUUCACUUUUCUUAAUUUUCCGUCAUGACCCUAUAUAAAACUGUGGAAAUUUACUCCGCCGAAUCCGCCACCCCCUUCGAGGACGCCUACGUUAUGCAGGAUUUAGAGGACAUUCUGAUUCUCCAUCAUCAACGACGAGGUUCUUCACGACAUGGACGACGAGGACGACAAGGACGACGAGGACGAAGAGGACGACAAGGAUUGUGGCUAGCGCAUAACUGACCCCAGUGAUUGUAGCGUAGCGCGUAUAA